GAUUAAUUCAGCCAUGGCCGGGCCUACCCGACACGUACACACAUGUCCUGUCCGCACACACACCCCAUCGGGCGUAGAGAGCAAUCGUCAGAGCACCACCACCCACACAAGUCUGUGCACACGCACCACGGGCUGACCAACUACAUCUUUGGCAUCGUCUUGAGCAGUCUCUUGCUGCACCCAACCAGCCAGGGAGGGAGGGACACACGCGCACACACACACACACACAGAAAGACAGAGAGAGAGAGACAUAUGGAGCCAGCUGUGUGUCUCCUUUUUCUCUCUUCCCUCUCUCCCCAUCCAGAGAGCGGCAUGGCCUACGCAUAUUCUUGGAAGGUGGGCAAGUCGACGUCUUGGUUGGGGAAGGUCAUCUCCUUGGCCUCCUCAUACUGCUUCAUAGAGGAACUCAAUGUCAUCAAGGCUGAGGGAGACAGACAGCAACAUCCGUCCACACGCCUCGGUCUCGGUGUCUGUCUGUGCGCCUAUCUCCCUUAGUGUGUUGGGCACAUACUUUCAUACCUUUUCUGCACUGUUCCUGUGAGAUGAAUCCCGAGUUGUUGAGGUCGCUCAUCUGAAAGACGGCAUCGAUCUCAGCGUCCUCAAACACACCGGCCUCCUUCCCCUGUCACACCAGGCACCCACAUCAGCACAAUCCAUGCAGGCAAUGCAUGGCCCGACACGCAUCCAUACCUCUUCGACGCGUCGUUUCAGCUCCUCGGUGAGGAACUUGCGAACAUCGACGGGCUUGUGGAAGCUCACGGCCGUGCACAAGUCCUGAAGAUGGGGAAAAGGGCCAGCAGGGCGCCAUCCUGGCGUCGGUUCUGAGGUGCAUGUACGUCCAUUUGUGGCCCGGCCCACCGUGAAGAGCUCCGUGAUGCGGUGCUUCUCGAGGUAUUCCUCAGCUUUCGCUCGGAUGUCUGCACAACGAAAAGAAGAAAAGGGACACGCUGUCGCCACGGAACUCGUGUAGGGGCUUUUUGUAAUGCACAAACCUGUUUUCUCCAUCAUUCCCUGCCAACGG